CGUCAAAAUUGAUAAUCGUUUGGCAAAGCAAUAAAAGCAUCAGGGUGAAAUAUUUUUAACUGCAAAAUCAAACGCAUUGUUUUAACGAUGUACACAAGGAAAGUUUUCUCAAUUUUACGGAAUGUGUCAACGCGUAAUUUACAUUUAGGAAAUUUAAAUUUUUCUCCAAUUUUCCCAGGCAUUAGCAAUGCUCCUAAAACCUUGCCCUUGGCUAGGGUAACACAAGCACAAUCAGCCUUUAUAAAUACCUCACAGAUACGAGGUUAUGCAAAAAGCAAAGAUAAGAAGAAGGAGAAAGGUAAAAAAGCGGGGAAAGUUGAAAUCAAUGAAGCACAGCUUCGCGAAGUAAUAAAUUUUGACGCUGUAAACGAUCAUAUGCAGAAAGCAGUGCAACAAAUGCGAGACGAUUUUGUUAAACAUUUAUCACUGCGUUCAACAUCAGGUGCUAUAGAAAGUCUGCGGGUGCAUAUCGACGGCACUGAACAUGAGUUACAAGAACUUGCACAAAUUUCAAGGAAAAAUCCUAAAACUAUCGUUAUUAAUAUGAUUGCUUUCCCUCAAACUAUACCUGAUGUCCUAAAAGCAAUUGCAAAUAGUGGCAUGAAUCUUAAUCCACAACAGGAUGGAACUACUAUAUUUAUUCCUAUACCGAAAGUCACAAAGGAGCAUCGUGAAAACCUAUCGAAAAAUGCGAAAACACUUUUCAUCAAGUAUCGUGAUUUAAUUCGAGACAUACAAAAUAAUACUAUAAAAAAAUUAAAGAAACAAAGUGAUAUAUCUAAAGAUGAUAUUUUCGCGAUUCAAACACAAGUAACCGCUAUAGCUGACAAGUACAUAGCAGAAGCAGAUAAAUUACUUUCAACGAAACAAAAAGAGCUAAUUGGCGAAUCAUAAUAUUAUGAAGCUUGGAGCAUUAAGACUGAAAUAUUUUGGUAAUAAAAAUAAUAAAAAGCUGCCACAAAA